CGUAACACAUUUCAGGAAACUACAUGUCCGUUUAUUUAGAAAUCAAAAAUGUUUGAUUACUUUUUGCAAUUGUGCAAUUAAACUCGACUGUGUCUACUGUCACUAAACUUGCCAUUGGGAAUUUAUACUCUCCAUCUAUUGUUAUUAUAUCAGUGACUAAAUUUCAAGAGACAAAUUCAAAUAAAAAACAUUCUACGUGACUUGAUUAAUAAAAAAACAUUCUGAUCGCCAUAAUCGUUGUUGACUUAAAAAAAACAACAAAUUCUUCGGUCGAAAAACGCGUAGGCGUAAAUAUAAAAAUCUACAACCAAAAAGAUUACAAAAUAAACAAUGGCUACGUGAAAUGUAUGUGUAUGUGUGGAACAUUGACAACCAUUUGGACUAAAUACCUUUCUCUUCUUUUAAAAUAGAAAAAAAUGUCAUGUCAAAAAAUUGUGAAUAAUGAUAAUAAUUGAAAAACAAGUGUUAAAACAUUUGUGGUAAAAAAAGUGUCAACGAAUUCAAUGAUUAAAAUUCUCAUCGAAUGUUAAGGCCUUGAAUUUGAGGCGUCUCCUCUGCACAGAGUGCAUCUCUCUUGUAUAUUGGAAAAGGAGUAAAACGUCGACACGCCAUUUUGGGUUUUGGAGCGGAACUCCUUGGUGCUGUCGGUGUGUCGCUGAUUUAACACACGUGUGCAUGUAUAUGUUCUAUUUCUAUAUGCAUGUGUGAAAGUGUGUGCACGCGUGUCGCUUGUGCACUUGUGUAUUUUUUUCCUUUGAGAUCUCGGUGACGACGGCCUCGACCAGGGUGUUUGGUUAAUGGUGUGAUAUCGGUUUUAAGAACAACAAGGAGAGUGCGCCUUUUGAUUAAAGCGAUCUGACUUUUUUGGUGGUGGUGGUGGUAGUAGUGAUUGUUGUCUGUACAUCUAAUAAAAUGAGAGUGUAUUUGUUUUAUUCUAUGUCGUGUUUGUGUCUUUAAGAUAUUUUUUUGUCGUGUCUGCAUCCCGAGCGCGCGCAUCUACGGAAUUCACAAUCAGUGACGAAGAGACUAUUCAGCAAAUGUUUAAAUGGACGCAUCGUCCAUUAUCACCCAAGUGUCACGAGAUGACGAGCUAGGGCAGUUUAAUAACGAGAAAGCACAAAUACCAAGGGAAAAUGAAACAGGUACCACGAAUGGUUCAGCGACUGGGAGUAAAAAGCCACGAGGACGGGGCUUUUUGCGAUCUUUGCUCUGUUGCCUUGGACGUGGACGUGGUGGAAGUUCCAAAAGUUCAAAAGCAAGCUCAUUACAAACAGAUGGACGUGGUUCACCACCGCCAGGCGUUGGUUCACCGAGAUUUUUAUUGCCGCCAGUACGUCAUCAGGAUAUGCACAAAAAAUGCAUGGUGAUUGAUUUGGAUGAGACUUUAGUGCAUAGUUCAUUUAAGCCAAUCAACAAUGCGGAUUUUGUUGUACCGGUUGAAAUCGAUGGUACUGUACAUCAAGUGUACGUUUUAAAGAGGCCUUAUGUCGAUGAAUUUUUACAGAGAAUGGGCGAAUUGUACGAAUGUGUUUUAUUUACCGCAAGUUUAGCAAAGUAUGCCGAUCCGGUGGCAGAUUUACUCGAUAGAUGGGGAGUGUUUAGAGCAAGAUUAUUUAGAGAAUCGUGUGUUUUUCACAGAGGAAAUUACGUCAAAGACUUAAAUAAAUUAGGCCGGGAUUUACAGCAAAUCAUUAUCGUCGAUAACAGUCCUGCCAGUUACAUUUUUCAUCCUGAUAAUGCUGUGCCAGUGGCUUCGUGGUUCGACGACAUGACGGAUUCGGAAUUAUUGGACUUAAUUCCAUUUUUCGAGAAGCUUAGUAAUGUGGAGAACAUUUAUACAGUUAUGUGCAACAGUAAUCAUCCCUACAAUCAAAUGCUAUCAUCGGUACCGAAUAACCCCAGCCCUGGUUCGGGUUCAAUGGGCGCCUCCUAGCCCCAGCGAAAUUCUGGUCGUACGACCAGCCUUGUCAUCAUCCCACGAUGUAUCUUAGGAAGAGCUCUCAAUGGGCUUUUCGAGAUCGCUCACCUUUCUUGCUGUUCUGAACGUUCGAGUGCGUCGUCUAAAUGAAAAAAAAAUUCACAAAAACCUCUUUUAUCACCGAGGAUACGAGUAGGAGAAGAAAAAGAAGAAGAUGCAACAGCAAGACACGAAUAUCUUCCCACGAGAGGUCAAGUAGAAAAUAUAGUAUAAUCGAAAUUGCGCGAAAAUUUAAUAGUCUAACUCUGAUUUGAUCAAAAAGAAUCUCCAAUCGAUGAAAUCGAAUGACGAAAUUUCGAUUUCUUUUACAUUUCGAAAGGAAAUCAAUUGAUCAAUAAAUUCAUCCUUGAGGCACUGAUUUUAGUUAUAUACUAGAAAAAAAAGAAAUCAGAACGCAAAAAAAGCUUCCACUUUGCUUAGUGUGAAUGAGAAUCGGGAAUAAAUGGAAUAUACACGAAAUAGUUUUAUGGUGAAAUGCCGAGAACCUGGAGAGAUUCAUAGAAAUUACAAAACAAAAAAGAGAAUUUUUUCUGUUUAACAGAUUUUCCAAAAAUAGACAAAAAAAAUGGUUGGAAACCAUAAAAUUCCUUCGGAUAUUAAAAAAAAAAUUUCGACCUUUUUUUCAAGAUCAAUUUUUGGUCGCGACUAUCUUUGUCCAAGUCCAAUGCAUAUCAAUUCUCUCCCUCCAGGAAAGUCGUACGGAAUCUUGAGAUCCUAGAAUUUUUUUUUUUGAAUCAUUAAUAAAUAACAACUAACGAUUUAAGAUUAUUUACGAGAAUAGCCUUUUUAAACGAUAGGUUCGACCUACGCUUUUUUUACACCUACUAACGAAUAAUUAUCGGUAUUAGCAGCUUUUUCAGUGAUGAAUUUUUAACGCCAGAGUACAUGACAAUAUUUAGGUACUCUCGACACUUAAUUUUCUCUCUAACUCCCAGUUUUAAAUACACCUAUAUACAUGUAUAUAUACAUACACACAUGUAUGUAUAUGUGUGACGAAAUCAAAUAUGGAAUUUGAGGUCAAGAGAAAUUUUCACCUUCAACCUUUUCUUGCCUUUUAUCGAGUGCUUCGAAUCAGGGACGCACAAUUUCUCAUCGUCGUCAAAUAAAUUUGUUAAAUUACAAAAAUAAAUCCCAUAACUUUUUUAUCUAAAAAAAAACUAUUUCAUGACUCAAUAAAAGUCGAGAAAAAAGAAAAAAAUACAGAAUUUUUUUCUAUAGAAGAAUUUUCAAAAAAAAAAAAAGAAAAUCUCGAGACUAAAAAAAAUGUCAUUUUUAUUAAGAAUCCAAGUGUCAAAGGACAAAAUUUUUUUAACGCUCACACACACACAUACGCUUUGUACUUAGAGUCGAUCUUUUUAACCGAAUAUAUUUUUUUCUUUUGACGAGUUUUUCAAAGACUCUUGAUGUUAACGUUAAUUUACUUUCCUUGUGUUCUUAUAUAUCUAGAUAAGAUCAAUUUCACUUUGUGAAUCUUUGAUGAGAAUUUUUUACCUGACGCUUGCGUCAUUGUUGACACUUGUUUGCCAAUCAGUUUAAAAAGCCCAGCAAUUUUCCUUUGUGUUAUUAUGAGGGUAAUAAUAAUAAUAAAAAAAAGAAAAAAAAAUUAUAUCUCUUCUACUCGCACACAUUAUUAACAUUUCCAGUUUAUUCGACCUUGAAAUGAAAAUAACUCAACAUUAUAUAUAUGACCGUGAAUAUGUAAAACUCCGUGUCGAUAAAACGCGUUUUUGUCGAUUGUUCUUUAAUAAUGUGUGAUGGAAACCAUAAUUAUCAGAACGUGUGAUUCUUUAUGAAAAGGAAAAAAAAUACUGUGUCAAAAGCAAAGGAAAGUAGCUGUCGCGUGUUUAAAACAAAGUUCCAUAAUGGACGAGUACCUAUAAUACAUAAUAUAUAUGUACGAGAGCAGAAAAAAAUGUACUUUUACAAUCGCAAUUCACGUGCCUGUGACAUAAGCGUAAGGUGCAAGCACACACACAUUGCUUUCGAUACUUUUUCACUUGGAAAAAAAAGAAAAAACUAAUAAAUAAAACCAGAAUACAAAAGGAAAAUUAGAAAAAAAACGCCGCUAACUACAUUCUUUUAAACUUUUCAUCUCAGAUGAAUGAAGAAAAGAGACUUGAAACCAUGACUCAAAAAUUUGUCUUUAAAAAUGUCAAGUUUCUUUGAUUUUUAGAAUUUUUUUAUCGAUUUAAAUACGUUUUUUAAAAGUUGAUUACUUUUCUAUAAAACAAUAGUAAUAAUUUUAUUAAUAAUAUUUUCAAUAACAAUUUUAAUAAUAAUUUUAGUAUCAAUUUUAAUAAAAAUAAAAAUCAUAAUAGUAAGAAAAAAUUUAAUAAAAUAAAUCCAUUCCAAAAAUACAAAGGAUUCCGAAAAAAAUAAUAAAAUGUUUCGUAAACGUUAAAAAAAAAUUUUUACAUCUAAUUUUAAGAAAAAGUUUGAAACUUUUUUUAUUCAACUGCGUUUUUUAUAAAAACGAAAGAAUAAUAAUUGUGAAAAAUUGUUUAUAAAAAUAUUUUUAAAACCAAUUCUGAUACUUUCUUUCUCGUUUUUUCCAUUUUUGUAAAAAAUAAUUUUAACUUUUUAUACACUAUAUAUAUAUAUAUAUAUAUAUUAGAACAACUAUUCGUUCUGAACAAAUAAAAAAAAGAAAUCAAAAUAUUGUCUACAAUAAUCAAAUUCAUAUUUAGAUGAGAUUUUAGAAGUUCUUUUAAAGAAAAUAUUUUUUUUUUGUAAAUUUAGAACCAAGAAACCAAACUCUUCUCUGUGAAAAGAGUUUAAAAGAAAGUAGUCUAUGGAUUAUUCGUGCCAGCAUUAUUUUUUUUCUUUUUAAAUGGUAAAUAUUUCCGAAAUAAUUACAAAUAUUUUAUUAAAAUAAGUAAUAAUAAAUAAGCAUUUUAAUGCACAGGUUGGUGCUUCCCUAUAUAAUUAAAUAAAGAAAAAAAUAAUAGAAAUAUGGAGUUUCGGCUCUUAUUGAUUUUUUUACUAAAAAAAAAAAUAUUUAAAAAAAAUAACUGUGAGAUAAAAAUAAAAUCGAAUUUUUAUCUUUAGCGAUGAGAGAGAAAGAUAAUGAAUAAAAUUUUUUAAAAUGAAUUUUGAUUCAAUCGCUCAGUGAAACAUCGUUUGCUCAUCUGAAAGCGAGGAUAAUAUUGAAAAAAUGUAAAUUUUUUAAAUCAAUUUUCUAGAUUUAUUUUUUUCGUCUGUUAUAUAAAUAUAUAUAUUUGAAUUGAAAUCGCCAAUUAUAAGAAUUGUAUACUAAACGCGAUAUAUUUUAUUCUUGUUGAAAAAUGAAGUGACUUUCUUUUUGUCUUUCUCACAGAGAAAGUGCAAUUUUUUUUUCAUUUUUUUUAAUCAAUAGAUAAGAAAGAUUUUUGAAAAAAAUACUGUAUAGAAAAAAGAAAAGUUCGCAAAAACUUUUUUAUAUAUAUGCAAGCGAUUUCGUAAAUAAUUAUAUUAUAUUAACAACGGGAUUGGCUUACGAGAGACGAAAGCAAAAAAAAAAAAAAAAGAUCGAUUUAAUGCAGCGAGAAUAACUCGAGAGAAUAUUAAUUAUUAAAUAUUGUACAAAAUUUGUCACAAAUGGUUAAAAAAAAAAGAAAAAAAGAACGGAGUUCAGAGUGUUGGACACGCGAGUUACGCAUAUUGUAGAAAUAAUUAAUAACGAUAAUGCCUUGAUUUGUAAAUAAACUUGAAACUUCCACUAAUAAUCCUUUUUCUGCGGACAAAAAAAAAGUGAGCAGUGCAUCGAUUUACGAAGUAGCGACAUUUUCGUACGGUUUUUAUAACUCGAUGAUUUUUUUUUAUCUUAGAGUGAUUUUGUACAAUAAAACAGAGCGCGAUAUCGUGAAUCGAAAACGGUCACUGGAAUAUGUAACAUCCCUUUCCCCUGCCCCCCUCUACCCAAAAAAACCCCGAAUGUCCAGUUUGCUCUGUGAUUCUGUGUUUAAUAAAAAAAAGUAUAUAUAUAUAAAUAUAUAUAUGUUUGAUAAUCUGCAA